AAUACGAACGUCAAAAUUUUACCUAGCUCAUGGGGCUAGGUAAAAUUUUGACAACUUCUAAAUAUGUUUACAAAUAGCAUUGUUUGGCGGUAAUAAAGAGUUCAAAUCAAAAUAGAAGCUGAGAAAAUGGCAAAAAAGCGUACGUUACUUGGAACCACGCGGAAAGGCUUAUGUUAAUAAGAAGGAUGACAGAAGAGGAUGCGCUGUUCAGCGGCAAAAAUGCAAACUCCAACGAAGGAUGGAAAAAAGUAUCGGCGUCGCUUCCAAUGAACAAAGACUGGAUGUGCUGCAAGUCACAGUGGAAUGCUCUAGUGAAGAAAUACAAAAGUUUCUUUCGCUACAAAACAGGCGAAGGAACAGGAGAAGAGGCGGUAGCAGAGGAAGCAAAAGACUGGCAGUAUUUCGACGCGAUGCACGAGUAUGCAUCGCAGAAAGACAAUUACCAUCCCCCCUAUUUAUUGGACAGCGGAGAAGGAGAAGUGUCCAUGAGAGAGAAAUCUCCAACACCUUUCAGCUCAUCUGCAGCCCCUUCAACUUCUCGCUCAUCCACAUCGCGAUCGAGAUCGGGCACUCCACAGCUGCGCAACAGAGAUGAGCGUUUUCAGAGGCUGGAGCAGCAUAUUAUAAGACGUGACCAUAAAUUCAAAAGGAGAGUGGGAUCUUUACUUGCGGUUUUUGGGCAAAUGGUACAAACCGAUUAUCCCCACAUUAAUGUAGACAGUUUGCUCGUAUCUUCCGAAUCGGAUUCAGACUAAUGUUUAAUACGAAUUUGAUUUUAUUAGUUCGUGUAGUUUUAAGAAAAAAUGAAGUGAUAUCUUAAUUUUUUAUUUAAAUAAUGAGUGUCAUAAUGAUAAGGU